CUCUGUGACUUCGUCAGUCAAUGCAAGGCAAAGCUCUGUGGCGAAGCAUAGACCGCAUUUUCGAAUUACAGCGCUCGUGCAGCGAAUGUAAUUGAAUAAGAUAUCAAUUGGAUAGUUAUCGUGUAGUGUGUGAUAUUAUUGAAAUUGAUUGGUUUAUGUGACAAGUGUGAUUUUUAUUUAAUUCCGAACGAGAGCUACUCAUAUCUUUCAAAAUGAUACCGCGGCCUUGCUGUAAACUUAGGACAAUAGUUUUAAUAUGUGUUUUAAUUUUAGUCAUUAUAGAAUUAGGAAAUACAGAAAGAGCUACACGAAGGAGACUCAGACGACCAAGCAAUAAAAUAAAAACUAGUGUAUCGAUAUCCAAAGAUCAAGAGGUUUCUUCUAGCGUCAACAGAUUCAGACUGAGAGCAAGGCCAAAUCACAAAAAGACGUCAGACAAUGAUCUCACCCCUGCCGAAUCGGGCAAAAGGAGUAAAGAUGACUACAAAAUUGUGUGCUAUUAUACGAAUUGGUCUCAGUAUAGAACAAAAAUUGGUAAAUUCACUCCUGAAGAUAUUUUGCCCGAUCUAUGUACCCACAUCAUUUUCGCUUUUGGUUGGUUGAAAAAAGGAAAACUGUCUAGUUUUGAGAGUAAUGAUGAGACUAAGGAUGGAAAAACAGGACUCUAUGAAAGAAUUAACAAGCUGAAGAAGGCGAACCCUAAGCUCAAGACGUUAUUAGCUAUUGGUGGUUGGUCAUUUGGAACACAAAAAUUCAAGGAUAUGUCGAAAACGAGGUACGCCAGACAAACCUUCAUCUUCAGCGCAAUUCCUUUCUUGAGAGAUCGAGGUUUCGACGGAUUAGAUCUUGAUUGGGAAUAUCCCAAAGGAGGGGAGGACAAGAAGAACUAUGUGUUGCUGCUGAAAGAACUUCGUGAAGCCUUCGACGCAGAGGCCCAAGAAAUCAAGAAACCGCGACUGCUUCUUUCUGCAGCUGUACCAGUUGGACCUGAUAACAUUAAAGCAGGAUAUGAUGUACCAGCUGUUGCAUCUUAUUUGGAUUUUAUCAAUCUCAUGGCUUAUGAUUUUCAUGGAAAAUGGGAAAGAGAAACAGGCCACAAUGCUCCUCUCUUCUCGCCGAGCUCUGACAGUCAAUAUCAGAAACAACUAAAUGUUGAACAUGCUGCCAAGUUGUGGGUGAAACUAGGAGCUCCUAAAGAAAAAAUGGUUAUCGGUAUGCCCACAUAUGGAAGAUCCUUCACGUUGACCAACACCGCCAAAUAUAAGGUUCAUUCCCCUAGCACUGGUGGUGGCAAAGAGGGAACGUAUACAAAGGAAUCCGGAUUUUUAGCAUAUUAUGAAAUAUGCGAACUUCUUCAGAAUGGCGCUAGCUACGUAUUCGAUGAAGAGAUGAAAGUACCAUAUGCUGUCUAUGGAGAUCAGUGGAUUGGAUUUGAUGAUGAGAAAUCUAUUAGAAUCAAGAUGAACUGGAUCAAAGAAAGCGGGUUCGGUGGUGCAAUGGUUUGGACAGUUGAUAUGGAUGACUUUUCUGGUACAGUGUGUGGUGGGGAGGUCAAAUAUCCCCUCAUUGGUGCUAUGAGGGAAGAACUCAGAGGUAUAUCUAGAGGAAAAGAUACCAAAGACGUGGAUUGGGCUAAAGUUGCCGGGGGUAUAGAAGACGAAGAAGAAGAGGAGGAAGUUAUAGAAAAACCUGCAGCAAUCAAAAUUUCUCCCGGAGAAGUUUCGAAGAGGAUAAGAAAACCUGGCAAGAAGUCUUCUGGAAAAAACGUCAUCAAUAAAAAAAUUCGAAAACCACAAGUCUUCUGUUAUAUGACAAGUUGGUCUCAGAAACGUCCAAGUGCCGGAAAAUUCACUCCUGAAGAUAUAAACCCCAGUUUGUGCACUCAUGUUGUAUAUGCCUUUGCUACAUUGAAAGAAUAUAAACUAACAGAAUCUAAUGAUAAAGAUCCAGAGAUGUAUGAAAGAGUCAUUGCCUUGAGAGAUAAGAAUCCUGAUCUGAAGGUUUUACUUGCCAUCGGAGGAUGGGCUUUCGGAUCGACGCCAUUCAAAGAACUGACAGGAAACGUUUUUCGAAUGAACCAAUUCGUGUAUGACGCUAUAGAAUUCCUAAGAGACUACCAGUUCAAUGGUCUGGACGUAGACUGGGAAUAUCCAAGAGGAGCUGAUGACAGAGCUGCUUAUUUGAAUUUGCUCAAGGAGCUGCGAGUGGCCUUCGAAGGAGAAGCUAAGACUAGCGGACAACCUAGACUUCUACUAACUGCAGCUGUACCAGCAUCCUUUGAAGCUAUAGCGGCAGGUUAUGACGUACCGGAAAUUUCGAAAUACCUCGACUUCAUCAACGUUAUGACAUACGAUUUCCACGGUCAGUGGGAGAGAACUGUUGGUCACAAUUCGCCUCUUUUCCCAUUGGAAAGUGCAACUGGCUAUCAAAAGAAAUUGACUGUGGAUUAUUCCGCCAGAGAAUGGGUUAAACAAGGAGCUCCCAGAGAAAAACUGAUGAUAGGAAUGCCAACAUAUGGAAGAAGCUUCGAACUGGUCAAUGUGACACAGUUCGACAUUGGUGCACCAGCCAGUGGCGGUGGAACUCCCGGAAAAUACACUUCAGAGGCUGGUUUCAUGAGCUACUACGAAAUUUGCGAUUUCUUGCAAGAAGAUAAUACUACUUUGGUUUGGGACAAUGAGCAGCAAGUUCCAUUUGCAUACAGAGGCAACCAGUGGGUUGGAUUCGACGAUGAAAGGAGUCUUAAGACGAAGAUGGCUUGGUUAAAAGAAGAAGGAUUCGGUGGAAUCAUGAUCUGGUCAGUGGAUAUGGAUGAUUUCAGGGGUUCUUGUGGUGGCGGUAAAUAUCCCCUCAUCAAUGCUAUGAGGCAAGAAUUGGAAGAUUACAAGGUGAAACUGGAAUAUGAAGGUCCUUAUGAAACUUCUGUUGGGUCCGGACAAUAUACAACCAAGGAUCCCAAUGAGGUGACUUGUGAAGAAGAAGAUGGACAUAUAAGCUAUCAUCCCGAUUUAGCCGAUUGCACCCACUACUUCAUGUGCGAAGGUGAAAGGAAACAUCAUAUGCCAUGUCCUUCCAAUCUGGUAUUCAACCCAGACCAAAACGUUUGUGACUGGCCCGAAAAUGUGGCGAGUUGUUCACAGCACACCCAGAAGCCUCCCGCAGAUAGGAGGAGAUAAAUUCAUUUUGUUAUAUGGUUUAACGAAUUAGAUAGUUGUACUGAUAAGAUUCAGAUAAUUCAUCUGGAUUUUUUGUCAUAUUGACUUAAUUAUUUAUAUCUGAUAUCUGACUCUUAGCAAAGGCAUCAAAAAUCACUCUAGGGGAACGAUGACUUAUUCAGUGAUUCGAAGAAACGUCCUUGAAUAUAUCGCAACCGUAAAAAAUUAUGGAUUUUUUGUUGUUGUAUUGCCAACUGAUUUUUUUUAACUUCAUUGUAUAUUUUUAUCAGUACAGCUUAGAAACAUAGAAAAAAAAUUAUGAUUCUGUAAAGAGAAAAACAAAUUGCAGAAAAAUAUAUUGACUUGUCUUUAGAUGUUAAGGAGAUAUUUAAUUUUUUACUGUAUUUAUAUGCUGAACGCAGUGAUUUCUUACUAUUUUAAUUCAAAUUCGUUGUACAUUACAUAAUAUAUUUAGCAUUAGAUGUUUGUAAAUAAAUUUCAAAAAUAAAUUAACGAUAACACA